AUGGCAAGGAUGAGGAGAAUGGCAAAUCGCGAACCACCACCGCCACCAGUCCGGCGAAGUAACCGCCGGCGGGACAUCGCCACCGCCCCGCGACACUCCGGCGCUCCUGCGGUUGUUGACCUAAUCGCCGGCGACUCAUCUUCCUCCUCGCCAGCCUCGUCGUCGUCGCAUACGCCAGAUAUCACGAGUCCACCAUUGCCACCACCCUCAAUCGGCGACCCUCUGUCUUCUCCACCGUCGCCACCGCGUCAGCCGAACACCCUCCCUAUCGACGCCAAUCCUUCGCCACCGUUAGUUGAACUCGCGCCACCUAGGGCACAACGAGCACCCUCGCGAUAUCCGCUCCUCCAUAUCCGCUACCCGAUUGUGCCUCCGCCAUCGACUUCGCCAUCGCCGCCGCCUGAAGCAGGAAGUCGUCCAUCACAGUCACCUCCUCCAACGCACCCACCAUCACCACACGCAAGGCUAAUCGACAUCAAUCAGCCUCCUCCYUCAUCACCAACAGAUUCAAGCCCUAUUUUGGGCAAUGAGGUACCUUCUGAUUCACGUUUGCAUGAACUGGUGGAGGGACUUACAACCUCUGUUUCAUCUGAGGAUGAGCAUUUUAUUCCUCCUGGUUCUCCCUCCACUGUGAUUAAUCCACAAAAAGUAUUCCUUCUUACUUGGUAUAAUCACCCUUGCACACGUAUGCCCGCUGUUUUGGCCGAUACCAUACCCCACACUGGUGAGGAUGAAUCGGUAGGGCUUGAGGACAUUGUUUUAAAUGAUAUGAAUGAGGCUGUUGUUGAACCACCUAAUGAUCAUGAGGCUGAGGUUUGUUGA